AGCUCAGCUAGCUCAGCUGAGUUAUACCGCGGGAAAUUUGUGUCGGUGUCAUUCUUGCACUUGCAUUUCAACUAAACCUGCAGCUACAAAUCUGGGUGAUUUACCAGUAAUUCAACUUGGAUCUCCACUUCAGUUGCAGUGAUUGGUGUAAAUGAGAGGCGCUAUGUAUCGAUGCACUCUACCGGAAUGUGAUUGCGGUGAAUUUACAGCGGGCAAAACUCAACUCAAGACUUGUGAUAACUGCAAACAUGGAUGGGUUGCUCAUGACUUGAUAACAGAGGCCCAAGCAAAGAAGAUUCGAAAGAGAGGGACCAAAGAUGGGACACCGUGUCAGAAUGGCAUCUGUGCCUGUGGCAACUAUCAAAGGCCUCCCGGUGUUGCUAAAACCUCCUGGCUGGCUGUCUGCGAUAACUGCAAGCAUUCGGAGACGGAGCAUCGCUAUCCCACCAAACUGGACAAGAAAAAGAAGCAUAACCUAGAGAGGGCAGCAGACUCUGCCUGUGUUGGCUGUGAAAUGCAGUGCGCUGGUUUUCAACAGUCAUUCGAUAGCCAAACAAGCAAGAAGUGCUUUACCUGUAACCAUGUGAUCGACACCCACCGUCCAACGGAUGCCUUGGAUGCCUUCAUAUCAGAGGUGCUUGAUGCAUCUAGCAACCUCAGAUGUCACUCAUCGGUGCCUCCACCAAAUAAACAGAUGAGUUCUAUAGGUCGGGAGAGCAAUGUUGAUGAUGAUGCCUUUCUCAAUGCUUGGCUGGAGCCUACAAACAUUGACCAUGAUGAGGACGUGCCUUUCCUCGAUCCCAACGUCUGUCAGUGCAGGGGAUUCUGCUUCGAUGACAUGGCUAGAAUCUGUAAUCAAUAUUUCGGAUUUACGGAAGGAUUGGUUGCUCCUCACAUUCCUAACUUAGCAUGUCAGAGUUGCUCCCAUGCUCUCAAAUAUCACCGUCACCACACGGACAAAGAGCAAGAGCAGCUUGAUUCUCGGAAAGUAAGCAAUCUGACGAUGGUAGGCAUGGUCAGCGUCUUGGCAACCAGCGUUCCAGGCUACCCUAGAAAUGUUGGCGUCAGUCUACAAAACGGUGGUACCAAGAAUAGCUAUAAGUUGUUGCUAGCGGCAACAAAACUCAGCCACAGAGAUGAUCCCCAUAGUAACACUAUAAACAUCAGCAAUACAACCUUCACUAUCCACCAUGGUCAUCAUCAUCAUCAUCAUCCUGGUCGACGUCUAUCUGUGUCCAGUGUCGGGGACCACGAUGAGAGCGACGAGGAGAAGGAGAAUGAAGCCCAUCAGACGACGACAGGAGGAAAGAAGAGAGGGAGGAAGAUGUCACGAUUGGUAGGCGACGUGAAGAAGAAGAUAAAGAGGAGGAGGCUUGGAAGCAAAAGUGCUCCUGUUUCAGAAAGUGACACUGAAGGUUUAGAAGAUGAGGAUACUGAUGGUAGACUGUCUCGCUGCCUCUCCAGACUAGGCAGUGACGCCAUGACAGCCUAUCACCAGAGGUCAGAGGUCACAGCUCUCUCAUGGUCUCAUCAAACUAAGGAAUCUGCUCUUGCAAUCUGUACAGAUGACGGGACUUUGAAGAUACAAGGCUCAGAAGAAUUAGUAGAAAUUAAGUUCCCAGAAGAUACAGGGCUUUGCACAUGCAUAGCAUGGUUCCAUUCAGGGAAAUCUUUAAUCACAGGGCAUGCAUGUGGUCUGUCCCUCCUGUGGAAACUUUCACACUCCCCUGGAUUGACAAUGGAAUCUUCUGUUAUUACACAGAGUGGAAACAAGUCUAGGGUCACUUCCAUUUGUAUAUCAGGGGAUGACAGGUAUAUAGCUUUAGGGCAUCAGAACAGCGAGGUCCUCAUAUUUGACACCAAGAAAGGACUUGGAACCUCUUUGUCUCACCAUGGAUUCGCUCCCAGCCCUCAGCUCCUUUCUACUUGCUCCAUUCUCUAUGGUGCCGUUCUGUGUAUGGCAUGGCAUCCAUCCAAAUUACUACUGGUUGCUGGUGGUGAAGAUGACCUUGUGACUGUGUUUCACAUGAAGAAACCUACGUCACAGGCCUCCAGAGGAACACUUAAAUACUUCUUCACAAGAUCACCGAGAAGGCCAACAAAGAAAGGAUUUCAUCAGUGUGCUGUUCUUAAAGGGCACAAGUCCUUCGUGGGAGCCUUAGCCUUUGCUCACUCCGGAGCUUACCUGCUCUCGGCUGGGUGGGACGGCCAGCUCCUCGUCUGGAACGUCUCCGACAUCGACGACGCCAUCGAGAGCGAGGACAUCGACAUCGAGAUCGUCUGCUCCUCCGGCUUUGUGAUGGGGAGAUCAUCCAGAAGUCAGAGUCUGAAUCUGGUGUCGCGACCCUUCGUGCCCCAGGACAUCGUAGUGUUUGCCUCCGAGGCCGUGGUGCUGUACAGGACGAGUGUGAACAGGAUAUGCCUAGCUAUGUAUGAAAUGCCAAAGAAGUAUUCAGAAAUCUCUAUUAAAAUAGAUUGAACAAAAUAUUAUAUGAAUUUGUCUGCUGAGACCCAGAAGGGCAUUGACUCAUGAGUUAGCAACCUUCUGCUUUCUGGGAGACAUAAUACGAGAUUACAUUUGUGAUCUCAAAAUAUGAAGAAGAUAUAUAUUUUUGCUAUUUUUUGUUUGUGGUUAUGUUCAUGUAGAAUGCUUAUUCAUAUCAAUGUAUCUUUAUGCACUAUAAGAUUUCAUGUUGCCACCUGAUUACAAGAGGCCGCCAAUAUAUAGGGACUACUCACAUGUAAAUGUUUUUCACUUAACCUUUUCAGGACAUAAUUUAUUUUAGGGCUAAAUAGAUCACAUACUAUCCCUUAAAUUGGCAACAAUAUUAUUUUGAUCUUUUAGUGCUACAUUGUUGAAAUGAAAUGUUUUGUCUCUGAAAACGAUAUACAUGGGCAGGAAUGUGGUAAAAAAAUUGCCAAUUUUGAUCAAAAAUACAAUGAUUUUGAAUUUUUCAAUGUGUUGCCAAUUGAAGGAUCUCAAGUCUUAUAUUCCUUUUUAAAAUUCCUGACAUCAAACGCAAGACAAAAAUUGGAUGCAGUAUAAUUAUGCAGACAUUCUUUUUUCCCCUUUCUAAUCAUGUAUCUGGCACAUUUUUGCUGGGCUCUGAAUCCAAAGUUAUUUAGCCAAACCGCAAAGUAUGGAAUAAUUGAUGCAAAAGAAAGAACAAAACGGUGUAGAACCUGUCUAUAGUGACCACUUUCAUUGCCUCUCCUGGAUGCCCUUUCUAGAAAGAUCUUGCAGAAUGCCACUUUGUAUUUCAAAUUGAUCCUGUUGGAAUAUGCAGUUGGUUGAUAAAAUUAUUUAGAAUUGGGGCACGAAGGGCAUAGAAAUCGAGCAAUGUUUUAUUUAUGAAGCAAAGAUAUUUUUAGGUUAUAAACAAAAUAUGGGUUGUACCUUUUAUGAAUUUCAUCUAGAACAAGAACAAGGUUGAAAUUUGGAUUACCAGUUAAUUCAUAUUAGCUUGAAAGCUUUAUUGUGGUAUAUAUAUAUAUAUAGUUGCAUGCAAUUCUAUUGCAAGUGCUUUAUGCACUUUGUGGAUAAUGGAAAUGACAUUGAAAAUAAAUUGAUAACAUUAAAAAUACAUGUUAUAACAGAGAGAGUGAGAAACAGAGUGGUUUCAUGCCACCUUGAAGCUGUCCUUCAUGAUCCAUUAGCAUAUAUAUUUCAAAUCAUUGAAACUUCAUAAAAAAUUAAUGUCCGUGAGGCAUUUCGUUUCAAUAGUAUAGACAGGCCUUCCCUAAUUCAAUUUAAUUCAUAGGAUUUUUUUCAUCUUUUGUUUGUUCUUUUACUGUAUUUUGGCUCCUGACGGGGGGUUGGAGGGAAUGGAGGGCCAGUGAUAAACCUUUUGUAAUGUCACUGUAAAACUAUAUGUUAUGUUCAUUUUUUCAUUAUCACAAACUUUUUUAUUGAACGCAUUUUGUUUAUAAAAGCAGAGUUAAUGUUAAAUUGAAGAAGCGAAUUGAAUAUCAGAAUAUACAUCACGUCACCUCAAUUCAACUCGGUUUGCUUAUUACAUUCAUUUGAAUUUCUGAGGUUAUUAUAGAAAGAUAUAUUUUGAAGCUUUUGUUUAAUAACUUGUGGAAUUCACUGUGUGAAAAUUGGUAAUAAUAGAAAAACAUACAAAUGAAA